ACUAGGAGGAAGAGGAAGGCAUAGUAUAGGGUACAGUUCAAAAGAAGAAGAAGAGGAGGAAAAGGAACCCAAACAAACAAGAUGGCGGCUCGCGGUGUGGUUGUGGUGGAGGGCGCGGAGCCUCACAACCCGGCCUGUGUACAUGGCCCCACAGUGCUGUUCGAGAGGUUCCUGAGCGACGGCAGCACACGGCGGUUCUACGCGUGUGCCGCCUGCCGCGACCGCAAGGACUGUGCCUUCUUCCUGUGGGCCGACCAGACCUUGGGCCGCAGGAAGAGGGAGCUGUGGGCCGGGAUGUGCAGGGAACGCCAACACAGGCUGACGCACCAUGAGAGAUAUCAGAAGUUGUCUAGGGUGAGGGGCGUGGCGGCCAACCAGAGAGUGUACUGUAACACCUGCUGCGAGCUACUCCUGUUGGCCGAGGCGGGUGACCACGAGUCCUGCUCCCUCACCACCCCUGUAAAGGACUCCCAGCUGACUCAACCCUCCACGCUGUUGGCGCCCAAGGACAACGCCAAGCUUGAGGCCCAGUACCUGUUCUCGGCGCGCAGUGUGGAGGUGUUGCUGUCUCUGCUAGGCUGCCUCGGGGCCACUGGGGUGCUGUGUGUGGGGGCCCCGAGAGUGCAUGAGGCCAUCACUGCUGCCACAACCCCCCCCAUGGACUCCCUCAUGAUGGAUAUUGACGACAGAUAUUGUUGUUUCUUCCCCCCCGAGAGGUUCCUGCAGUACAACAUGUUCAACCACCACUUCUUCAACGGCUCAGAGGCACAGAAGACAUACACAGACUUCCUGGCCAAGCACAAGAAGUUGGUGCUGCUGAGUGACCCACCGUUUGGGGGCCGCAUGGAGCUGCUGGCGGCCACCCUGGGCAGGAUAGAGGCUGACUGGCGGACUGCGGCGAGUAUGGGGCCAGACUCAACGUUGCCCGUGCUCUUUGUGUUCCCGUACUUCCUGGAGGCUCAGGUGGUGGCCAGCAUGCCCGCCCUGGCCAUGAUGGACUACCAGGUGGACUACGACAACCACCCCGUAUAUGGCAAAGGUCCAAGGGGUAUGAAGCACGGGUCAGCAGUGCGCGUGUUCACCAAUCAGCCGUUGUCGUCGCUGCCGCUGCCCUCGGAGGAUGGCUACAGGUGGUGUGGGCCAUGCCGGCGAUGGGUGCACGCUGCCAACGCCCACUGUGACCUAUGCCAAGCCUGUACUUCAAAGGACGGGCGCACCUACAAGCACUGCAGUGAGUGUGGUCGGUGUGUCAAGCCGUCCUGGACACACUGCCAAGCCUGUGCCGCCUGCAGACCCCAGGACCACAGCUGCUCGCCCACCCCAACGCUCGGAUGUUACGCGUGUGGCAGCCCGGACCACAAACACUUAGACUGUCCCAAACGCAAGAGAUCGGCGACAUCAACCAAAGACUCAGAGAAGAAGAAGAAGAAGAAGAGGAAGAAUAACAACCACAAUUACAACCACAACACUUCAACCACAUUACCGAGCAGCCUGGCGGAUGAGCGGGUGAGGAACCUGAGUAUACUGUCCCGGGUGAUGGAUGCUACAUAAUAAAGAAAGUAAGAAGA